GGAUAACUUCAUGGCACGUGUAACCACAGAGGACAAGUCUCUUUAAUUCAGUGUUUUCCAUGUCAUCCUAUCACUAUAUCCUCAUCGUUUUUCCCAUUAACAACCACUGUGCAUCAAAGGAGUUUGCAUUUUGUGAUCACCACCAUUUGUUGCAGAGAAGAGAAUCAAGAGAUGGUUUGGCCAAUUAUUUAAUUGCUGAUGCAUUGCAGGGUCCAGAAUAAGUUCACUUCUCUCUGCAAAUUCACCUUUAGUGGCUUCACACGUCUAUGAAUCAUGGUGGUUCUCACGCUUUUCGGGUCCACCCACCUCCUCCUUAACAAGGCCUUGGCCAAAAUUUAUGGAUUGGAUUCAGAUGGAUCGUUGCCGUACAGCAGCAUCAUUGCCUUCGAUCGAGGAGAAACAAACAGAGGAUCCUGGUUAUUGUGUCAGACUCGAUGGAGAAAACAAAGGUCUUGAUAAAGGGAAUAUGUCUGAAACUGAUGACUAUCAGAAUUUGUUUGGUUUAAUGAAACAGAGGUUUAUGAGUUUCAAGAACCAGAAAUACAUUAAAGAGUUGGAGCAUUUUCAAGCUCUUGCUGAAGCUCAAUCUCCAAAGUUUAUGGUAAUUGCUUGUGCAGACUCUAGGGUAUGCCCCUCUAACAUAUUAGGAUUCCAACCUGGAGAUGCCUUUAUGAUACGUAACAUUGCCAAUCUUGUACCUCCCAUGAAGAGUGGACCAUCAGAAUGUAAUGCUGCACUUCAGUUUGCAGUAACUACUCUUCAGGUUGAGAAUAUAUUAGUCAUUGGUCAUAGUAGCUGUGCUGGAAUUGAAACUUUGAUGAAUAUGCAGGAUGAUACAAAAUCAAGAAACUUCGUACACAAGUGGGUUGCCAAUGGAGAACUUGCCAAACUGAAGACAACAGCAGCCACAGCACAUCUUAGCUUUGAUCAGCAAUGCAGAUUCUGUGAGAAGGAAUCUAUUAACCAAUCAUUACUGAACUUGCUGAGUUAUCCUUGGAUAGAAGAUAGAGUGAGAAGAGAGUUGCUUUCUCUUCAUGGAGGAUACUAUAAUUUCAACAAUUGCUCUUUUGAGAAAUGGACCCUUGAUUUUGAAAGAUGCAAUGUUAAAGAAGAAGGGAGCAGUUAUGUUGUUAAAGAACAAGAUUUCUGGUGCUGACUUUGCUAUACCAAGAAGCUUGAAACAUAUCAUUCAUGAGGGUGAAGUCAAAUUCAAUUGCACUUUACAUUAUACAACUCAAUAAAUCAUAUGUUGCUAGAAAAUGAAUAAAAAACAUUAGAUGAUUGAUGCUUAAUGCAGUGCCAGCUUUCUCAUGUACAAAUCAGAAGAAAAAGUCACUCUAUCUAUACCAGUGUUUCUCUUCUUCUAAAUCUUGUUUUUCAGUUUCAUUACCAUUAAUAAAGCAAUUUUAUAGUUGAAUGUCAAA